UGGUUUUUUCAAAAAAAACUCUCUCUCUCUCUCUCUACAACUACAAGAAGCUCGUGAGGUUGGUCCAAAGUUUUCUCUCACGAAUCUAUUUCUUCCUCGUCUUCCUCUCCGCGUUUCCAAGAAUCUGAUUUCUCUGAGCUUCACGCUGAAUUUCCAUCAUACCCCAUCAAUGGCGUCCUUCUUAUUGCGCCGUGAUAAUCGCCAAUGAUUAUCCCAGUUUCAUGCGCGAUUCCCACUUCUCUCUUCGUUUCUCGCAAAAGGGUUUCAUCAAAAACCUUUCUUUUUUCGGAUCUAUUGAUGGGUUUUCAUCACCCGUGAGGGAGAAUAUUCUUCGAGGGUUAAAAAGAAAUUUCUGGUGUCGCCAUGGUUGCAGAAGCUUGGAUUGUCAAAAUGGGUAACCAGGUGAGUGCGAAUCUCAAGCACGUCCUGCUUCCUGAAUCUUCCAACAAGAAGAACCCUAAAAUCUCUGCCCCCAAGCAGACAAUCGGUAUUCUCUCCUUCGAGGUUGCUAAUGUCAUGUCUAAGACCGUACAUCUUCAUCGUUCCCUGUCCGAAUCCGAGAUCUCGAGGCUUAAAGGCGAGAUUUUUCGGUCGGAAGGGGUCAGAAAUCUGGUCUCCGCCGACGAAAAUCGCCUCUUUGAGCUUACCCUCGCCGAGAAACUCGACGACCUGGACCGUGUCGCUGGCGUAGUCUCUAGGUUAGGGAAGAAGUGUACAGAACCGGCUUUGCAGGGAUUCGAGCAUGUGUAUGAUGAUAUAGUGAAUGGGGUUAUCGAUGUUAGGAGAUUAGGGUUCUUGGUGAAAGAUAUGGAGGGUAUGGUGAGGAAGAUGGAGAGAUACAUCAAUGCUACCUCUAGUCUGUAUUGUGAAAUGGAGGUCAUGAACGAGCUCGAACAGGCCACGAAGAAGUUUCAGCACUGUCAACACCAAGAUAGCCGUAAAGCUUUCGAGCAGAAGCUGAUUUGGCAGAGACAGGACGUGAGGCACCUCCGAGAGAUUUCCCUCUGGAACCAGACAUAUGACAAGGUCGUGGAGAUGUUGGUGAGGACUGUCUGCACCAUCUUUGCCAAGAUUUGUACUGUAUUCGGCGAUUCAGCUUUGAGGAAAACCGGUGUUGGUUUUGUCAGGGAAGGUUCUUCCCCUUCAAAGGAUGCUGUUCCUUUGUCUCAGAUUGAUAGAAACUGUGAUGGGUUGAAGAGAGUUCAUAGCAAGAAUGAGGUUAAGUUGAAUUCAGGGUCUAGUUUUAAGCAUCGGAUAGAUUCUCAUAGAGGCGAUGUAGAUCAGUUCAAUCGUGCAGGAGAUUUCAAUUUCCCUUGUGGGACGAAUCCGGGGAGGUUAUUCAUGGAGUGCCUUGCCAUGAACAGUUCUGUUUCUAGAAUAGAUGACAAUGAUGAUGAUGAUGACGGUGGCGGUGAUGGUGAUGGUGAGAAUGAUCAUAGCAGCCAAAUCUCCAGCUGUUGCAGUGUGGCAAACAGCGGGUUAAAGAAAGAUCGAUCCGACGAUUCUUGCUUUAGCCACACCCGCAUUACCAUGCCUCCUGCUGCCACAGUUCAAAGACAGCGAACUAGUAAGCUUGGUCCGAAAACCAGGCUAAUGAGUUAUGCCCUGCCUUCCUCCAUUGGCGGCUCUGCGCUUUCUCUGCACUACGCUAAUGUGAUAAUCGUCAUAGAGAAGCUCCUCAAGUACCCUCAUCUGAUAGGCGAGGAAGCAAGGGACAACCUUUACCAGAUGCUACCGACGAGUCUGAGAACCUGUCUCAAGACAAACCUCAAGUCCUACUUCAAGAACAUCUCGAUAUACGACGCCCAUCUCGCCCACGACUGGAAGGAAACCCUAGACGGGAUUCUCGGGUGGCUCGCCCCGCUCGCCCACAACAUGAUAAGGUGGCAGAGCGAGCGGAACUUCGAGCAAGAACAGAUAGUGAAGCGAACCAACGUGCUUCUGCUUCAGACGCUGUACUUUGCCGAUCGAGACAGGACGGAAGCCGCCAUCUGCAAGCUUCUUGUCGGGCUGAACUACAUCUGCCACUACGAACAGCAGCAGAACGCCUUGCUGGAUUGCACCAGCAGUUUCGAUUUCGAAGACUGUUUGGAGUGGCAGCGGCAAUGCCGUACAGGUUACUUCGAUUGAUCAAUCCAUCCAUGGAGGUGAGUCUCAGGAAAAAAAAAAACACAGUCAGUGUUCUUAGUAGAUACAAAAAACAAAAACAUGUAUUAUGAAAGAGAAUGUGAAUAGGGUAGGCUCUUUUGCAACAGAGGAAGCUUUUGACUAUAUUCCUUGAACAUUCAAUUGAAUUGUGUUCCAUUGUUGCAACUUUGAUACUAAAAAAAAGGAUAAUAGCUUAAAA